AUGAUAAUUCAAAGUUUCGAUAACCAAGGCAUUCCCUUAAAUAAUAACCAAGACAAAAUUAAUUAUGAUGGUGAUGAUUUGGAUGGAGAUUUAAUUAUAUAUUCUUUCAUAAUUAUGUUACUAACAUAUCUGGUAUUGACUGGGAUAUUACUUCUGGUUAGAUUUAUUUUUAUCAGAUGGCAUACCACAACUGGGAGGUUAUCAUUAUUUCCUACUUUUGGUGAACUGGAUUUAGAUUUAGAAAGAGAUUUAAAUGGAGCACAUUCGAAUAUUAGAAGGUUCCGCAACCAAAACAAUGACCAGAAUAGUACAUAUGAUAAUACGUCAGAUCAUGGAAAUAGAACUAGUAAAAGAAAAAGUAAAUAUAGCAUCAAUGAAAUGAAUAGGAGAUGGCCAUCGGUGCUAUUUGAUGAAAACGAUAAUGAAAUAAUCUUUAAGACAAAUAAUUUGCCAAUAGAAGAGCAGUUCUAUUUUAGGCAAGGUGAAGAGUACAUUAAAUCAAACCCACCUUUGAUUAUUCCAUAUAAUCAUAAUUAUGAUGUCACGGGUAUUGAUGAUAAUGAAGAUGCGAUAAUCAACGAACAAACAAAAAUUUACAUCAAGGAAGAAGGUGCAAGUGCAUGGACUUUUGUUCCUGAUGUGAACUUACCAAAUGAUACAGUUCUUAUCACAAACAAAACCGAGGUAGAAUUCUUAAAUUAUAAUUACGAUGCAUCUGUUCAAACUAAUUUACCUAUUCCAAGAUUGAAUAGAGUUUAUUAUUGUGAAUUUAAAAUAUAUGAAGUCAACAACUCCAACCAAGUGAACGACUUUGAAUUAAGAGAUGGAGAAGUGAUAUCAUUCGGAUUAGCCACAUCUCCAUAUCCCUAUUUCAGACUUCCCGGUAGACAUCAUCAUUCUAUAGCAUACGAUUCUACAGGGGCUAGAAGGUUCAAUGAUCCAUUCGAAAUGGACUCUGACUUAAAAAAUCUAUUUCCAAAGUGUCAAAGAGGUGAUGUUAUUGGUGUUGGCUAUAGGAUCAACAGUGGUACUGUUUUCUUUACAAGGAAUGGUAAAAAAGUAAGUGAAAAAGAAGUUGGAGGCCACAUUAAGGGAUGGAAAUUCAAAUAUCUAUACCCUAUAGUGGGUGCAAAUGUUCCUUGUAAAAUCCAUGUAAAUUUAGGUACGAGUGGAUUUGUAUUCAUUGAAGCAAAUGUUAAAAAAUGGGGAUUUGCAAAAGCCCAUGGAUUGAAAUUACCUCCACCAUCUUAUAAUAAUUAUGGAAAUGAUACAUUAUUAGAGGGAAUUAAUGAUGAUGAUGAUAAUUCUCAAUUGCAUGAUGAAAGUGAUGAAAGCGAUUACGAAAAUGAAUACAGAAUUCAAAACGAUAUUUUCGAUGAGAAUGGUGAUUUAUUACCACCGCCUCCAAGUUUUGAAUAUAGUGUUUCACCUAAUCAUAAAUCAAUUGUAAAUGGUGAACCACUGACGCUAGACUCAUACCCUACACAACCGCCUGACUAUUCAGAUUAUACUGAGAGUAAUGGUUUAUUAGCUAAUUUUGAACACGAAAAUGAACAAGGGACCUCUAAUGAGGAAGAAGAUGAUGACGAUGACCUUCAGGAAUACGAUAAUGAUAUGGAAGAAUAUCGAUGA